AUGAAUGGCACGCUGCAAUCUCCAGAUGUGCAAGCGAGCAGCCAUAUGGAGAAGGAGGGCCUUAUACGGGGUCUACAGUUCCUCGAGGAAAAUGAUGUGAAUGUAGCAUCACUGACCACCGACCGCCACCCAGCCACGAAAAAAUACAUGCGAACGAUGAAGCCAGACAUCAAGCAUUACUUUGAUGUGUGGCACGUCGCAAAGGGUGUUAAGAAGAAACUUGUAGCAGCAAGUAACAGUGCAGCCACAAGAGACCUGAAAUUGUGGAUCCCCGCAGCAGUGAAUCACAUGUACUGGUGUGCAGCUGUAAGUGGAGGCAAUGCUGGCUUGCUCUUAGAAAUGUGGAGAAGCUCAGUAAACCACGUAGUGGAUGUGCACGAGGGCCAUGCACCGAACUACCCUCGCUGCCUUCACCAGCCCAACCAAGAAUCUGCAUGGCUCAAACGUGAUUCUCCAGCACAUGUGAAAUUCAAGGCUGUUGUGACUGCUCCGCUGCUCAUGAAAGACAUUGGGCAACUGUCCCCUACAACACAAACGUAUGGGCUGGAGUCCUACCACAGCGUGCUGAAUACCUUUGCAUCAAAGUCUGUGGCUUUUUCUCCUGAAGGAAUGUAUGAAAGAACUUGUCUUGCGGUGCUACAUUUCAAUGAAAAUUCCUGUCGCAAGCAAGCAAGAACUCUAACCGAUGAAGAGAGGUGGAAACUGAAAGUGCCAAAAGGG